AUGGGUCGCGUCCGCACAAAGACGGUGAAGCGCUCGGCGCGACUGAUCAUCGAGAAGUACUAUUCGCGCAUGACGCUCGACUUCCAGACGAACAAGAAGAUCUGUGAUGAGGUGGCAGUCAUCCCUACGAAGCGCCUCCGCAACAAGAUCGCCGGCUUCGCGACUCACCUGAUGAAGCGCAUUCAGAAGGGCCCCGUGCGCGGCAUUUCGCUGAAGCUGCAGGAGGAGGAGAGGGAGCGGCGCAUGGACUUCGUCCCUGACGAGUCUGCCAUCAAGACGGACGUCAUUGAGGUUGACCCUGUUACCCUGGACAUGCUCAAGGCCAUCAACAUGGCUACCCUUCCUGGUGUCACUUUGGUUCAGCCUCAAACUGGUGGUGGUGGCCCUGUUGGAGGCUAUGGUGGAAGGUCGUAA